UGGGUACACGUUUGUGAGCUUACGGUGUCAGUGCUACGAAUGAUAGUAACGUUAGCAAGUCAGUGUGUGGAGAUAAAUAGAUUUUUUUUCUGUCUCGUUAGGGCUAGACGAAUGGAUUAUCGUUAAAAACAGCAGCCACGCCUCACUGUAAAGAAAGUGUCAGCACGUGUGUGAGUCAUGCAGUAAUCUUUGUGCGCACAAGGAAAGUCCUGCUGCAGUGGAUUAAUGAAUAUUAGGUGUACAUAGUAACAUAAGAGUCUUCGACCUUUCGACCAUCCAGCCUUCUCCAAGGUGAUGACUCCUGUCUCCUGAGACGUUGGAAAACCUAGUUUGGAAGAAGAGUAAAGAUACAGUUGAUGCUGAACUACAGCCAAGGAUGAAGCGGCGAGCAUCAGACAGAGGAGCUGGGGAAACAUCCACUAAAGCAAAAGCUCUUUGUACAGGGAUUUCUGGAAAUAAUGCCAAGAGAGCAGGCCCUUUUAUACUAGGUCCACGUUUAGGUAACUCCCCUGUGCCAAGCAUUGUUCAGUGUUUGGCAAGAAAGGAUGGGACAGAUGACUUCUAUCAGCUCAAGAUUCUCACCUUAGAAGAAAGGGGUGAUAAAGGAAUAGAAACCCAAGAGGAACGACAGGGCAAGAUGCUGCUGCACACGGAGUAUUCUCUCCUUUCCCUGCUCCACAACCAGGAAGGAGUGGUUCAUCAUCACGGGCUCUUUCAGGACCGAGCUUGUGAAAUUAUAGAAGAUCUAGAAGCCAACAGAAUGGUCAGAAAAAUGAAGAAGCGGAUUUGUCUUGUGUUAGACUGUCUGUGUGCUCAUGAUUUCAGUGACAAAACAGCAGAUCUGAUCAAUCUGCAGCAUUAUGUCAUUAAAGAGAAGAGACUCAGUGAGCGGGAGACGGUAGUGAUAUUUUAUGAUGUGGUACGAGUGGUAGAAGCAUUACAUAAGAAAAAUAUUGUGCACAGAGACUUGAAACUAGGAAAUAUGGUGCUAAACAAAAGGACUCAUCGAAUAACCAUAACAAACUUCUGUCUUGGAAAGCACCUGGUGAGUGAAGAUGACCUGCUGAAAGACCAGCGAGGGAGCCCUGCCUACAUCAGCCCAGAUGUGCUUAGCGGACGGCCGUACCGUGGAAAACCCAGUGACAUGUGGGCGUUGGGUGUGGUGCUCUUCACCAUGCUCUAUGGCCAGUUCCCCUUCUACGACAGCAUACCUCAGGAGCUUUUCCGCAAAAUCAAGGCUGCCGAGUACACCAUCCCUGAGGAUGGACGGGUCUCAGAAAACACUGUGUGCUUGAUCCGGAAACUGCUGGUCUUGGAUCCGCAGCAGCGUCUGACAGCUUCUGAAGUGCUGGAUUCUCUCAGCUCCAUCAUAGCAUCAUGGCAGUCCAUGUCCUCGCUGAGUGGCCCUUUGCAGGUGGUGCCGGACAUCGAUGACCAAGUGGCGAACCCUGAAAACCCCCAGGAGGUGAAGGUGACGGAGGAGUGCUCGCAGUACGAGUUUGAGAACUACAUGAGGCAGCAGCUGCUCUUGGCUGAGGAGAAGAACACCUUGCAUGAGGCCAAGAGCUUCCUACAGAAGCGGCAGUUUGGGAACAUCCCCCCAGUGCGACGCCUGGGCCAUGAUGCCCAGCCCAUGAACCCUUUGGAUGCAGCUAUCCUGGCCCAGAGGUACCUUCGGAAGUAGCUUCCCACGCAUCCGAGAGCACAAGCACCAUCCUGCAGUCUGCCUUUCACGUCGCCUACUACAGCUCAACAGCAAUACCGGUGUCCCGUGAUGGAGAAUAAUGUAGCAUUUCUGAGCUCUGUUCAGGGACACGCACUCACACUCGCUCUGGAGGGAGAAGACUUUUGGAAAAGCUAGUUUUGGAAGCAGCAACCUCUUGGCAUCUUCUGGAAUCUGUUUUUUAAAUCGAAGCCUAGAUGACUAAUCUGCUUUUAAUCAUGACUGUAAUCUACCUCUCUUGUCUUUUUAACCAUGCUGUUCUCUGGAUCGAGCAAAGCCUGUGGGAAAGGAGAAGACUACCAAGGGUGAAGCUGGUUUGCUGGCGCAAGAGUCGCGGCUGUGCAGUACGGAGAAGUCGGCUGAUUGCAUUUGCUCCAUAUGGUUUGAAUAAGCUUAGAUUUAUCAGGGUUUCUUGAAAGGAAGAAUUUCUUGAAACCUCCCACUUCCCUUCCUCUGCAUCAAAUUUUUUUCUGUCCUUACCGUGCCACCUGGCUUGGCUGUCGUCUAACCCUCGGUGGCCGUGUGUGGGCUGCAGCGUGCUGAGGCCUUCGUGAGCGGCACCGAGAGCCGCCCGGUGCGACCGGGGUCUGCCCGGGGAGCCUGGCCACCGCCUCAGGCGAGAGUCGUCCUUGCAGGCGAUCGCUGCAAAGGUUGGAUCUUGUCCGCAGGUCAAAGGUUUUGCAGGACUCGGCCCGGCGUGGCCUCUGACCUCCUUCCCACCUUUCACUGAUUCUUUUAGUUUCAUAAGGAUAUAUGAUUUAAUCUUAUUUUUCAGUAGCUUAUCUAAGGUGCAGUUAAAAUUGCAUUAAUUCUGAGUUAGCAUUUUCACACUUCAGUUGUGGUACAGAUAUAAUAUAUGAGUUAUAAUGUGAAAAAGCUUCCCAAAAUAGUCUGCCUAGAAUUAGGAAGGGGCUGGCUGAAGUCUCUACUGUAUUUGUUCCCUAGCUUAUCUUGCCAUCCCAGCCUCACCACGCAAACUGGGGGCCGCCUCUGCUGUCCCUGCGUGGUGCUGAGGCGGGAGCAGGAUGUCCCGGUUUG